AUGACAAAUCAAUCGAAUUGCCAAAAUUGUGAUUGUAAAACAUUUGACCCCAACCCUUUUAAACCAUUAUACUGUUCAAUAUGUCUCCAUAAUCAUAAAGUGAAGAAUGCAAAUGUUUCAGUGAAUGCGACAUCAACAUCAACAUCGGCAGCACCACCAAAAUCAAGCUCCACUAAUAAUAAAGGCGCAACAAUUAGUGGUUCACCAUCAACAUCAUCAUCCUCUUUAAAUCAACAACAAAAGAGUAAACCAUUACCACCAAAAACUCCUUCAAAAUCACCAUCAAGUCCAAAUUUAACUUCUUCUUCUCCUUCUUCUUCUUCAAGUGGUGGGGGUGGUGGCAGUGGUGGUAGUACAGCAGUAAAAAAGAGACCAGAUGCUCAAAACUUUUCAAAACAAUCCUCUUCAUCCUCAUCAUCAUCAUCAUCAUCAUCAUCAUCAAGUCCUUCAGCAACAUCACCAAAAACUUCAUCAGGUUCAUCAUCAUCAUCCAAAUCAUCAGGAUCAUCAUUUAUGAGUAAAAUUGGAUCAUUUAAAGAUGCAGUAACAGAUAAAGUAAAUACAUUAAAAGAGAGUACUUUUUCAUCUUCGUCGUCAUCAUCUAGUGAACCAGAGGUUAAAGGAUAUGAAAUUUCAGGGCCAACCGAUUAUAAACAUAAUACUCAUAUUGGUAUUACAGAGAAUGGUGGUAUUUCAACUAGAAAUAUUCCAGAAGAAUGGAAACAAACUUUCCAAAAAGUUGAUCAAGCAUUAAAACAAAAUGGUAAAAGAGGUAUUACAAAGAAAGAAGCAACAUUCAUUUUAAACGCUGUAUUAAGUGGUCAAACACCAAGUCCAAAUGUUUCAUUAAGAACUACACCAGUUGCAACCUCUGCAAAUGCACCUGCUUUACCACCAAAACCAAAUGCUAAUAAUAAACCAUUACCAUCUGCUCCAAAAACUAUACCAUCGGCAUCACCAUCAAUUUCUUCAACUACUACUACCACUACUUCAACCUCAUCCUAUAAUAGUAGUGUAAAAUCUACACCAUCAUCAUCUGUAUCAUCAUCUGUAUCAUCAUAUUCAUCUUCUUAUAAUAAUAAUAAUAAUAAUAAUAAUAAUAAUAAUAAUAAUAAUUAUAAUAAGAAUACAACUUCAUCAUCAUAUAAUAAUGGUGAAAUUGAAAAAUUAAGAGAUAAAAUUAAACAAUUAGAAAAUAAAUUAGCAAAUGAAGAAAAAGAACAUAAUUUAUUAUUAACUAAAUAUAAAACAUUAGAAUCGAAAUAUACUGGUGGAGAAACCAAUCAAAAUCAAGCAGUUAAUGAAGCAAAAACUGCUAAAACCAAAUUGGAACAAUUAGAACGUGAACAUAGUUCAUUAUUGAAUAAGAUAAAGGUAUUGGAGACUAAUAAUCAAUUGGUUCAAAAUGAGAAUAAGAAUCAAGAGAAUGAAUUAUCAAAUUUAAAGAAAUCCAUAUUAGAUUCUAAAAAGAAUAUGGAUGCCGAUAAGGGACCAUUGAUUGAAAAGAUUUCAACAUUGGAGUCGAAAUUAAAGGAUUCCGAAUUUGAAAAGAGAUCAAUUCAAUCAAAGGACCAAGAACUUGAGAAAAAGCUAAAGGAACUAACUAACCAAUCCAAAGAAUCUGAACAACAAUCAUUUGAAUACCAAGUGAAGAUUAAAGAAUUAUCAAGUCAAUUGGACUCCCUAAAAGAGGCAUUGUCAAAUAAUAAAGAUUUGUCAUCAAAGAUUCAAGAGAUUUCAAAUCAAUUCCAACAAAAAGAAAAGGAGUUGAAAGAAAGCUAUGAGAAACAGUACAACCAAAGAUUGAAUAACCAAAAGCUUGAAAUUGAUCAACUCUCUAGCACCCUCUCAAAGGAACAACAGAAAUCGAAUAAAUUUGAAAUGGAAUUAACCUCUAAGCAAAGGGACUUUGAAUCAACUCAAAAACAAAGAGACGAAUUUAAAUUGCAAUUUAGUAAAUCUCAAUCUCAAUCCGAUCAAUUACAAUCAACAAUCGAUCAAUUGGAGAAUCAACUUAAACAAAUUAAACUCUCACAAGCUCAAUCUCAAAAUAUUUUAGAUUCUAAUAAUAAACAACAAUCGGAUCAAUUGAAAUCAUUAUCUGAUUCAAAUAAUAAAUUAAUUAAAAAGAAUGAAGAAUUAGAAUCGAUCAUUGAUAAAUCAAGAAAGGAUUCAAUUGAUAUCAAAGGUAAUUAUGAACAAAAGAUUGUUGAAUUAGAAUCUAAAAUUAAAAUCUCUCAAAAUGAAUCAAAUAAUCAACAUGAUCAAAAAUUAUUUGAUCUUCAAAAUAAAUUUAAAUCUGAAAAAGAUGAUUUAUUAUUAAAAAUUAAACAAUUACAAGAUCAAUUAUCAACAACAACAACAACAACAACAAAACAUCAAUCACAUUCUUCUUCUUCUUCAGCUGUUCCUGCUGCUACUACUACCUCUACUUCUACUCCAUCAUCACCACCACCUCCACCACCUGUUGCACCACCACCUCCACCAUCUUCAUUCAAACAACCUUCAUCAGAUACUUCUAGAAAUAAUUUAUUGGAAUCAAUUCGUCAACCAAAAGAAUUGAAAAAAGUUACUGAAGCUGAUAUGACUCACAAUAAUCAACAAGAAGAUGAUGGCUCAAUGGUAAAUAUAUUAGUUAGAGCUCUCAUUGAUAGAAGACAAAAUAUGAAUGAAGACGAUUACGAUGAUGAAGAUGAGGAAGUUGCUUGGGAUGAUUAA